AUGAAUGAGCUUCAAACAAACCAAAAGGAGUUGGAGAAACGAGUUCUAUCACUGGAGUCUAAUCAAUCAUCUUCCGGGAAAAAAAAUACUGAUCAAACAUCCGAUGCUGUCUCCAUCCUAGAGUCCAAAAUAGACAGUCUGGAACAGCAGGCGAGACAAUGUAAUUUGGAGCUCAGUAACGUUCCAGAAAAAAGAGGCGAGAACCUACUCAGCCUGAUCGAGUCUCUGGGCACUCUUAUAAACCUACAGAUACAACAGAGGGAUAUCAUCUCUGUGCAUAGAGUGCCUCACGCACAGCCGGACAGCACCAGACCGAAGAACAUAGUAGUCAAAGUCUCGUCGCGCAUACUACGUGACAACAUUCUGAGCGCCUUCCGGCUGAGAAAAGGAGUUAUGGCUAAUGAGCUUGGGCUCUCAAACAAUACUAAGCACAAGAUAUAUUGCAAUGAACACCUAACUCUGAACAAUAAGAAAUUGUUUCGUGAAUGUCGCGAAAAGGCAAAGAAAUGCGAAUUCAAAUAUGUGUGGGUCAAGCACGCCACCAUACUCGCUCGAGAAUCAGACCACUCGCCUGUCGUCGCCAUCAGGUCUCACAAGGACCUCUCAAAGAUUAAACCUCGAAAUGCUGGACACUAA